UAAGAUGAAACGGACAAAUGGAAUCAUGCUUAGAAACUUAUACCCACCACCACCUACCCAAUUCAUCUAUUCAUGCUUUGAAAAAUUCCUUGUGUGUUCAAGUAAUCAAUAAUACAUGUAUUAUUAAGUAUAUAAAAUGUGUUUGAUAACAACAUUUGACCAAGUUUUACCAUUGAUUCGAAUAAGCUGUGCAUUUCAUGUUUGUCUCUUGACAGUUUAGUUUCAGGCUUGAUUUUUAGGCCAGGAAGAUGAUAGUGUUAAUUGGCUACUUUCUACUACUUUCUGCAACUUUGGCUCAGGCGCAGCGUCAAAUAGGAUACAUAAGCAUAGAUUGUGGCUCUUUGGAGAAUUUCUAUGAAGACCCAGAUACUGGGAUAAAUUAUGUUUCAGAUGGGACUUUCAUAAUGACAGGAGUAAACAAGAACAUUUCCUCUGAAUAUCAAUACCCAAAUAAUCCCAACCUGCCACUCCCUGUCUCAGAUCUUCGGAGUUUUCCUCAAGGAAACAAGAACUGUUACUCCUUGAAACCUACAGUUGGAAUUGGCGGUUUGAAUUUGAUCAGAGCCACCUUCUUAUAUGGUAACUAUGAUGGAAAAAACAAACCCCCAGAAUUCGAUCUUUAUGUGGAUGUCAAUCUUUGGUUCACUGUGAAAUUUAGAAAUGCCUCUGAGGUAGUUACCACGGAGAUAAUCACCAGAGGAACAUCAGAUACCGUACACAUUUGUCUUGUAAACAAAGGCUCUGGUACUCCUUUCAUAUCAGCCUUGGAGCUCAGACCCUUGAACAGUUCUGUAUAUGGUACCGAGUUUGGCACCAAUGCGUCAUUAGUACUCUUUCAAAGAUUGGAUAUUGGAAAAACCAAUGGAACAGGUCGAUACCAAGAUGACAUGUAUGAUCGAAUUUGGUCCUCCUACAUGUCCACCAGUUGGGAUUCAAUCACAACUUCUGAAGAAGUCAAUAACUAUGAGAAUGGUUAUAGAGUGCCUUUAGAAGUAAUCAUGACUGCAGCCAGGCCACGGAAUGAUAGUGAAACUUUAGAGUUGAAGUGGAGUGCAACUGAUUUUAGUUCUGAGUUUUAUGUUUUUAUGUGCUUUGCUGAAUUGGAGAAACUUGGGAGAAACCAAUCAAGAAAGUUUGAUGUAACCUGGAAUGGAAGUCCAUUGUUUGGACCAUUGGUUCCUCGUUACUUGUAUGCAACGGUAGUGUCAAACUCAAAAGCCUUGGUGGGAAAAGAGCACCAGAUUUCUAUUCGUAAAACUAAGGAUUCUACUCGUCCACCGAUCCUUAAUGCUUUUGAGAUUUACAUGGUCAAACAGAAGGAUGAGUUGCCAACAUUCUCAGGAGAUGUUGAUGCAAUCGAAGAUGUCAAAAGUGCAUAUCAAAUUACCAAAAACUGGGUAGGUGAUCCCUGUGGACCAAGGAAUUUCUCUUGGGAAGGUUUAAAAUGUAGUAACAAUGCCUCAUCUCCUCGGAUUAUUUCUUUGAACUUGACCUCAAGCCGUUUGAGAGGGAAUAUAGCUUCAUCCAUAUCCAAGCUCUCAUUGCUAGAAUUCUUGGAUCUGUCCAACAACAACUUAACUGGACCUAUGCCCGAAUUUCUGGAAAAUCUGAAAUCUCUCAAGUUAUUGAAUUUGAAAGGCAACCAAUUCUCUGGUGUUGUUCCUAAAGAUCUUGUGGAAAGAUCAAAGAAUGGUUUACUCACUCUAAGUGUGGAUAAUCGAAAUCUUUGUAGCUCAGGUUCAUGCAAAAAGAAGAAGAAUAUCGCUGUUCCAAUAGCUGCAUCAUUGGCAUCUGUUGCUUUCAUCCUUAUUGUACUGAUUAUCAUACUGAAGAAAAAAAGAAAGAAAAAAUCAGACGCUGAAAACACUAAGAAAACAGGAAGAACCUUGGCACUAAAGAAGAGCCAGUAUAAUUAUGAUGAGGUUGUAGAGAUUACAAACAACUUUGAAAAGGAAAUUGGAAAGGGAGGAUUUGGAGUUGUGUACCAUGGCUAUAUGAAGGAUGGCACACAAGUUGCAGUGAAGAUAUUGUCUCCAUUGUCAUCUCAAGGGCCUAGGGAGUUCCAAACAGAGGCAGAGCUCUUGAUGAGAAUACAUCAUAGAAACCUGGCCUCUUUUAUUGGUUACUGUGACGAGGAUGAAAAUUUGGCGCUUAUUUACGAGUACAUGCCUAAUGGCAACCUAAAAGAAUGUCUUUCAGAUAAAAGUCUACAUUUGAGUUGGGAAACCAGACUCCGCAUCGCAGUUGAUUCUGCACAAGGACUAGAAUACUUGCAUCAUGGAUGCAAGCCAGCAAUUGUACAUAGAGAUGUAAAGACAGCCAACAUUCUCUUAGGAGAAAACUUGGAUGCUAAAAUAGCAGAUUUUGGUCUUUCUAAAGUUUUUACUAGUGACAACAAUGAAACUCAAGCGGACACAACAGUUAUGGGCACAGCAGGAUAUCUUGACCCUGAGUACUAUCGUUCUCAAAAGCUAACUGAGAAAAGUGAUGUUUAUAGCUUUGGAGUGGUUCUAUUAGAGCUUAUAACAGGCCAACCGGCAAUAAUCAGAAGCGAAGAAAGAAUCCACAUAAUACAUUGGGUGAAUUCUCUACUUGAAGAAGGUGAUGUAACAAGUGUUAUUGACCCAAGGCUGCAAGACAACUUUGAUGUGAACUCUCUAAGAAAAGCCUUAGAAGUUGCUAUGGCAUGUACAGAAUGCCACUCCGAAGAUAGAGCCACAAUGAGUUAUGUUUUGGCAGAGCUUAAACAGUGUUUGGGGGUCGAUGUUUCGAGGGAACAAGAAAGAACUCCGGCGGCACAAGGACAGAGAUUAGUCUUUCAUUCAUAUGCUAGUACACCUGAGAUGUCUUCUGUUUAUACUGAUUCCAUGAACAUGGAUUCUAUGACAGCUCCAUUGGCUAGGUAGUGAAAAGCCAUCCCUUAUUACAUUGCAUUGCUUAAGCUAAUAAGAAUAGCUGGUUGUAGUAAUUUAAGUUUGUAAUUUGUUUCUCUAGAUAGAUUUUUUGAUGGUUACUUUUUUUUUCUUUUACUUGUACAAAAAAAUAAUUGUGAGUAAUACUUCAAAAAAUUUAUUGAUUAUAGUUGAGAAACUAGAGAAAGAAUUGAAAAUUUA